UAUUUUUCCUAGUUUUUUGGCGGGGAGGGUGUUCCUCAAGGAAGUUUUUUUCUUCUUUUCCAUAGCAAAGUUCUUCAAUCCCGAAGCUCACGCGGAACGCCCCACGCGCAUGCCGCCCGGUUUCCGGAGGACCGAGAUCGCGGCGAACAACCAGGAAGCGGCCAGAGCCGGGAGCUGUCCCCGGUUCUUCGCUCGGCUGCCGGCGCUGCCGCCCGCGUCCCCCGCGCUGAGUUCCACCGCCCCGCGCGCCACCCCCGACCCCGACCCCGGCUCCCGCGCGCGCCGGGCCCUCCGCGGCCACCAUGUCGUCCGACUUCGAGGGCUAUGAGCAGGACUUCGCGGUGCUCACCGCCGAGAUCACCAGCAAGAUCACCAGGGUCCCGCGACUCCCGCCUGAUGAGAAGAAGCAGAUGGUCGCCAAUGUGGAGAAGCAGCUCGAGGAAGCCAAGGAGCUGCUUGAACAGAUGGAUUUGGAAGUCCGAGAGAUACCACCCCAAAGUCGAGGCAUGUACAGCAACAGGAUGAGAAGCUACAAGCAAGAAAUGGGAAAACUCGAAACAGAUUUUAAAAGGUCACGGAUCGCCUACAGUGACGAAGUCCGGAAUGAGCUCCUAGGGGAUGACGGGAAUUCCUCUGAGAACCAGUUGAUAAAAUUACGUGAAGAGAGGGCACAUCUGCUCGAUAACACAGAGAGGCUGGAAAGGUCAUCUCGGAGACUAGAGGCUGGAUACCAAAUAGCAGUGGAAACCGAGCAAAUUGGCCAGGAGAUGUUGGAAAAUCUCAGUCAUGACAGAGAAAAGAUACAGCGGGCACGUGAAAGACUGCGGGAAACAGAUGCUAACCUGGGCAAGAGCUCCCGAGUGCUGACGGGGAUGUUGCGAAGGUAAGAACCAGAAUCAUCCAGAACCGCAUCCUGCUUGUCAUCUUGGGUACCAUUCUGGUCAUCACCAUCCUGACGGCAAUCACUCUUUCUCUCCGAAGACUCUGAUGUAUCCGCCCUUCCUGGAUAAACAGCAACCAAGGCGUGUUCUGAGUAAUUAAGACAAAAUGGUCACAUGAAUCAUUCCCGGGCGCUGACAGGGCCUCUCGACCCUCCCUCCCCCCACCCCCCAUCCCCGCUGACGUGCACACAGUGUCAGUCUGCCUGUGUUGGGGGGCGCCGUCGUCCCCAGACUUGUCUUUACCCAGAUUUGUUUUUGAGAGGGGGAAAGUGAUUGUUUCUUCUUCUUUUUUUUUUAAUUUUUAUUUUUUUCUGGUAAUGUCUUCUACUGGCCCAAGGAGCCUUCGUGACCUUCUUUCUUGUCCCGUAGCCACGCAGGGCCAUGGUCUGGGAGAGGACCUGGUGAGUCCAUUUGAACCUACACAGUCACAGGGCUUCUGAGAAGUAGUCCCGUUUGCCCUUUCAUUUGUCACCAAGUUGCCCUCUGUGACGUCAAAAGAUAAAUACGCAGGAGAGAUGGGGCCCAGAGCCAGCUACCAGCUCCGGCACACCAAACGCCCAUUCCCACCCACACAAGAUGGGUGAUGUCUCCCUGUCUGAGUGCUUCCGGUGCGUUCUGGGGUACCUCAGGUCUGCAGCGGACAACACUGUCCCUGUUUCUCUGAGGCAUAUAUAUUAAAUGUAUUUUUUGGGGGGCUGGAGUGAUAGCACAGCGGGUAGGGCGUUUGCUCGGGUUCAAAUCCCAGCAUCCCAUAUGGUCCCCUGAGCACCGCCAGGAGUAAUUCCUGAGUGCAGAGACAGGAGUAACCCCUGUGCAUCGCCGGGUGUGACCCAAAAAAGAAAAAAAGAAUAAAAAGAAAUGUAUUUUUUUUUAAUCUCAAGACUAUUUCUCACCUGACUCCGCCCAGUGCAAUUUUUUGCCUUCCCCCAAAUCCCCUGCUCCCCUGAAUUUGCCGGCAAAGUGAGCCCUGGUAUAUGGCGGUGACCUCCCGUCCCCUGGCCUGUGCAAGCAUCUCCGUAUCCUCUCCGUCUUAGUAUCCGUGCUGCCGAAAGCAGCCCUCUUACACGCAGAAGGUCUGAUGGGGUCUCUGCACAUCCACUCCAGUAUGUAAAGAGAACAUGAAUAUUUCAGCAAGAGCAAGAACAUGUCUUGUCCAUGUGAGAUUCCAGAUAUGAUUAUAAGUAUGGCCGAGUCCGAUAGGAUAAGCUACUCGAACUUAAACUUUGUGGAAAAUGCUCCGCAACCUUCUUAUUAAGAAAAAGAAGAAGAAAAAGAAGAAGAAAAAGAAGAAGACGGGACCAUCGUGUCGUCUAAAAGGAUGGAGUUCGGCUUUUGUUUUAUUCUUUUUAACUAACAAGUGUCAGCGCGGCCCUCCGGAAGCCCCUUGUAUUCCAACCGCUCCCGUGCCCUGUGAUUUCUUUCUGUUUCUUCCUGUCCACUGUAAGCGGGAAUCAUGUUCAAAUCGAGCUCCGUAAUGACUCCGCUGGGGUCAUGCUCCCCACCCCUACCCCUCACUCAGAAAGCAAAAUAGAUGUUUCUUAAGAGUC